UUCUCGUCAGAACCAUGCUGCUGGAGAUUUUUGGAUCUGGAAUGAGACUAACACUGAAUAAUGACCGGGUUCUAAGAUUGCUCUUUGGUGACCGAUCUGCUUAUGCAUCCUUUGUCCUGGCAAGCAACAUUGCAGUACAAGGAGUGAAUAAUUGGGGCAGGCCAAAUUGGCUCUGCGUCCUCCCUUAUGGGAUGAACAGAUCAGAGAUGAAGGGGCGAACGAAGCAAGUCCUUGUUGGCCAUGCCUCUUAUCCUGUAUCUGAAGCCAACAUCCUUAAGAAAACCACCCAUCGGGAUGGUUCUAUAUACAAGAUAAACUAUGGUUUUCUAAAGCUAUGGCAUCUUACUCAACGUGAUGAGACACAACUAGAGCCAAUGAUGUUCUCGAAUCCCACGAAUUGUUUCCCGGAUAGGGAUAGAUGCAUGGUACAUGAUGCAACUGAAAUGAUGCAGAUUUUCUCACUGAAAUUGGAAAAAGCUAGUACCAACAUCGGCUUGGUACAACUAUAUGGAUACAUAGCAGUGCGUGAUUGUCAUGAUUCAUUGCUUAAUUAUGUCUUCAAUCGUAGUAGAGAUGAUCCCAUCAUUGUGGAACAGGGUUCUCUUAUUGAGAUGACCGGCCCUAAGAGAGGCAUCACAAUGGUAGCCCCUGCUCUAGUUGAGUUUGACAUGAGGAUCAAGAAAGGAAAGCAAGAAGAUGAUCUACAACUAAUUGAUGGUGCAAUGGAGUACCACGAUCUAGUCACACCUGAGUACCCAUUCACGGAUCGGAUUAAUGGCGAUUGUGGCGUGGUUGACAUCACUGUAGCCCUCGUUCGCUGGGCAUUUGAGGCCACAAUAGAUGUUGUCAUAUCAAAAGUGCAGUGUGGAUUUGAUUUAUCUCUCAGUUCGUGUGUUUCCCUUAUGGAUGGUUUACAUGAGAUUCAACUCUUUCGUGGUAGUGUUGUUGAGUCAUGUCGCUUAAGAAGAUAUGUGAUUGCUGUAAAGAAGGAUACUUGGAUGCAUUUGAAGUUCAAGGUAGGUCAGAGAAGUAGUAAAAAUGAUCUUGAUCACCAUUGUUCCUUCAAAGCAAAAAAACAUGGGUACAACUAUCAGCAAAUCAUGCUUGAGCUUGCCUCCAUCUCAGUGAAGGUUACUUGGUCGAACUUGCAAAGGUAAUUCACUCUUUCAUAUUCGAACUUGGGUUGAGUUACUAGUUGAAUGUACGU